AUGCACCAUCCGAAACCGGGUGAUGCCGCAGAUGCCGCAGAUGCCGCAGAUGCCGCAGCCGCCCCAGCCGCCCCAGCCGCCCCAGCCGCCCCAACCACCCCAGCCGCCCCAGCCGCCCCAGCUGCUGCAGGUGCCAAAGAGGCCCCAGGCGCCGCAACUGUCCCACCUGAGGAGGAUCAAAAGCUGCCAAAGCCUACACAAACAGCUGAAGAAGUAGCAUUUUAUGCCCCGAAUUACAUAUGUCUGACCAUCCUGGCCAUAAUUUGUUUCUUUCCCCUGGGAUGUCUAGCUAUGUACUUCAGUUACAAGACCAUGAAGGCUAACCAGGAAAGCAAUUGGGAAGAAGCUUACAUCAACUCAGGCCGAACUGGUUGGCUGGAUGUAUUUGCCAUACUCAUCGGUUUAGGCCUCCUUUAUGUCCUUGUUCUGUAUGUAUGA